AUGCAAGAAACACCUAAUGAGGCAAGGGUGCAACAAGCGCCUGAGAUACCCCCACCACCCUUUGAGGUGGAUCAAAAUGGUGACCCCAGCCGCGUGAGGCUUACGGUGGAUUCGAUUACCGGAACCCUUGAUUUGAGGGAUAAGCUGGAGAGGACAAGGCGCUUAAGAGCGGCAUCGGUCGAAGCAAAGGCGGCGGUGCAAAUACACUUCAACCAGGAACCCGAGUAG